CUAGGUUACGUUGGUCCCAACGUCUGUUUUCGUUGGGUUAUGUUUGGCUGGGGGCGUUUCGGGUGGAGGCGAGCUACGGAGGGGAUCCGAAGUGAAUUGAUCACUUCCCCUUAUUUGUAUAAAUUUGAGUGUUUUUUUUAAAGCCUAGUCCUCUCCUCUCUCCUCUCCUCCUUUCUUUUUGAAUAGCUUAAAUGCUUUUUACCCUCCUAAACUUGGAUCAGGAGCCUCUAUCUUGCUUUAGGACAAGCAACAGUGUUCAACUUUUGGAAAUCUUCCCAUAAAAAAUUUCAACACUAAGAAAUUUCGAAGUCCACAUCUCGAGGUUUCAUUUAUUCCAUCAUACGACACUCUACCCAAUGGCGGACCCACUAAGGGUCCCAUAGGGUCCCGGGACCCCAUGCACUUUCAAAAUAUACCUAUAUAUAUUAGGAUCCGCCGCUGCCUCUACCUGCAAAGCGGCACAUGACGGGAAUCUCAAUCCCAUAGCAUCUUUCUAAAGUCUCUGAAUUUGAUAUCAAACAGAAGGUUACUAUAAGAUAAGUUCUGUUUGGACUUUGGAGCUCACUCAGAGAUGAAGGGAGGAAAUGUUGGGAGAUUAUGGGGGAGGCAAUUUUCUCUCACUGUAGCUGCUCUCUUGCUCACAACCAUAGUCCUUUGGUUUUGUGAGAAAAAUCCACUUAUCACCAGUUUAUUGUCGGCUGAAGACCAGUUUAUAAUGCAGUCCUCAGGUUUCGUGGAGGAUGGCACUACUGAUUCUUCACAUUCACUCAAGUCAGAAGAGGAUAGUACUAAUGAAUAUUCACAUACUCAUAUAGCAGAAACUAGAAAAUCUGAAAACAGAGAAAACAAAUUUGGUGGUUCUGAAACAAUUGUGACAGUCUCAUCUUUACCUACAAAAGAUCAAGAGAAAGGAGUAUGUAAUUACGCUAAAGGAAAAUGGGUUCCAGACAGCAAGAGACCACUGUACUCUGGACUAGGCUGUAAACAAUGGUUAUCCGAUAUGUGGGCUUGUAGGCUGACCCAACGUACUGAUUUUUCUUAUGAGGGAUAUCGGUGGCAACCAGAAAUGUGUGAGAUGCCACAUUUUGAACGAUCUAAGUUUUUAAAGAGGACAAAACAAUUGCUUUCAUUGGAGAUUCAUUGGGCAGACAGCAAUUCCAAUCCCUCAUGUGCAUGGUGACUGGUGGAGAGAGCAGACCGGAGGUUGAAGAUGUAGGAUGGAAGUAUGGCCUAGUGACACCACGUGGAGCCGUCCGUCCCGAUGGAUGGGCAUACAGGUUACCCACAACCAACACAACAAUCUUGUAUUACUGGUCAGCCAGUCUAUGUGGGAUAGAACCACUCAACAUGACCGACCCCAGAACUGAAUUUGCCAUGCAUUUGGACCAACCCCCAGCUUUCCUGACCACAUACAUUGACCAGUUCGAUGUUGUGAUACUUAACACAGGUCAUCACUGGAAUAGAGGGAAGAUCAAUGCUAAUAGAUGGGUUAUGCAUGUGAAGGGAGACCCAGUUCGUAACAGUAAACUUGCUGCUGUAGGAAAUGCCAGAAAUUUUACCGUUCACAGUAUAGCCAGAUGGUUUGACGGUAAGAUUAAAUCACGACCUCAGCUUCAAGUUUUCUUUAGGACUAUAUCCCCGAGACAUUUUUCCAAUGGGGAAUGGAACACUGGAGGUAACUGUGACAAUACCAUCCCGCUUACAAAAGGGAGUGAGGUGUGGCAAGAUGAUUCAAAUGACCCUGUUGUUGCGGCUGCUGUUAUGGGUACCAGGGUAAGAGUGUUGGAUAUAACGGCCAUUUCGGAACUCAGGGACGAGGCCCACAUCUCGCGUUAUAGCUUAAAAUCUUCGGUGGGCAUUAACGACUGCUUGCAUUGGUGCUUACCUGGCAUACCUGAUACAUGGAACGAAAUCCUUUCGGCUCAGCUUUAGCUUGGGAUUAAAAAAGAUCCUCUGGUAAUAUAUUUGAUGAAAGAAUGCUGCUCAUGGAGGACUGCAGGAACAUUUAGCUGCAGGAGAAGACGAUCAAGUGUAGGCGGGGUAAAUUUUGCCUGAAAUCUUAAUUUAUGUAAGGCUUAUCAAAUCCCCUUCAGGCUCUAGAAAUCCUUGAUUCCAUGGGCCCUGUGUUGUACGGAGUAAUACACAAACCUUCCCAUCACGUAGUAGAGAAAUAGUAAUGGCAGCUUAGCAUAAUUAUGAUGUUCAAUUAAUAUCUCAUUUUUUUAGUUCCAGCCCGGUUCUCUUAUUCAUAUGAAAUUGACACUUUUCUUGCCAAGAACAUGACCAUGUAAAUGGCAGCUGAUGUUUCAUCUUGUUCUUGUUAGGCUUGUCUCAAUUUCAUUCUUUUUAAUAGC